UUUUGUCUGUUGUGUUUCCUGUGUUAGUGAAUGUGAAAAUGGAAAAAAGAUGAAUAGUGUGCUCAUAUUACUCCUCUGCUGCCACGUUGCAUCUCCAGUAAAACACUCCUUGAAAUAUUUCUUCACUGAAAGCCCAGGAGCUCAGAGCAUCCCAGAGUUUGUAGCUGUUGCAAUUGUUGAUGACGUUCAGAUAGGUGACUCCAACAGUGUAAGAGAAGCAACACCAAAGAAAGACUGGAUUAAAUUCUUUGAGGAUCAUCCGCAGCACCUGGAGUGGUAUAGUUUACAAUCUCAUGACAGUCAUCACUUCUUUAAGGCUACCAUUGAGACUUUGAGGCAACGUUUGAACCAAACUGAAGGUGUUCAUAUUUUGCAAAGGAUGAAGGGCUGUGAAUGGGAUGAUGAGACUGGAGAGAUUAAUGGAUAUGAUCAGUAUGGUUAUGAUAGAGAAGAUUUUCUAGUGUAUGACCUAAAGACACUGACAUGGAUCGCUCCUAAACCACACGCUGUCCUCACCAAAAUGAGAUUUGAUGCUCAUGAACAUCAAUUUGAAUCAAAUAAAAACUUUUUAGUUUAUCAGUGCCCUGACUUUUUAAAGGAGUAUUUGCGAUAUGGGAAGAGGUUUCUGCAGACAGCAGUCCUUCCUUCAGUGUCUCUCCUCCAGAAGACUCCCUCCUCUCCAGUCAGCUGCCACGCUACAGGUCUCUAUCCUGACAGAGCUGAGAUGUUCUGGAGGAAAGAUGGAGAAGAGCUCCAUGAAGGUGUAGAUCCUGGAGAGAUCCUCCUCAACAAUGAUGGGACCUUCCAGAUGAGUGUUGAUCUGAAUGUUUCAUCAGUCAUGCCUGAAGACUGGCAGAGGUACGACUGUGUGUUUCAGCUCUCUGGUGUGAACGAGCACAUUAUCACCAAACUGGAAAAAACACUGAUCAAGACCAACUGGGCAGAGAAGCCCACUGACACUGUGACCUUCAUCAGUGCUGCAGUGAUUGUUCUAGCUGUCACCAUCAUCACAGCUGUGGCAUUUGUAACUUACAAAAUGAAGAAAGGAAGCUUGUGUGGUUCCAGAGUGUUCUGGUUUUCACACCCACAUCCUAGGAGCAUGGGAGAGCUCCUGACGAUGGCUCUGAGCAGUCUGAGAGACUAAAUCCACAAAGCUGACUGUCCUGCAAAGAGUUCUUCACUUCACUGUCUGUAGGACUUUCCUCCAGCUGCUGUUUUUUAUUUCAUAGUUCAAAGAAAUGUGUUAAAAACACCAUUAAAUAAAUAACACACAGGUAAUGUUCACUGUGAACAGACUGCUAUACUUGCUGUAAAUUAGUGCAUGGUCAUAUAUUUGUAUCUAGCUGCUGUGUGUACGUGUUUCACGCAUUUUUGAUUUUAUUCUGCUUCAGUAUGUAAUCACUGUAUCAUUGCAGUGUUUUCACAAGUCUGCUAAACACCAAAUGUUUCACCUUCAUUGAUAGUUAAGCAUCUGAUAAAGACAGUUUUUUAGACCUGAAGUGUGUGAUUUCACUGAGACGUUGGCAGUCUACAAAGCAUGUGGUAUUUUCCAAAUGACACCAAAACAUCUGAAGGAUGACGGCAACAGACUCUCAUUUGGAAAUGAAAUGUUCUUAGUUUAUUAUUUUAUUCUUCUGUGAAAAUAACUAACCCGGGAUUUCCUGCAUUUGAUUUGUGAGGUCACAUGACCCUGAUCUUUCACCACCUUUGGCUACGUCCUAAUUCAAACAAGGAAAACUGUUGUUUUGACCCUACUAUAACGUCCUUACUGUGUUCUGUCUCAUGUAUACAAACUGAUUAAAUAACUUGAUGUUUGAACAUUA